GACCACUGCGAUUAUUGUUACUUGGUAGGUAGACGGAGAACGGCGUGAGAGGACGUGUGGUAAGUUCUUCUUUUGAACCAUUUGGCAAUGAAAGAGUGAGGAACAUAGUGACUGAUGACAGUGAAGGGAUAAUUAGUGAUCAGUGGCUACCAAGUGGCGGUCCGGAUGGAUAAAGCAGCGAAACGAUUGGAGAUGCGUGAAGUGGUGGCUUUGCAUCCAGAAUUCUUUGGGGGGAAAGGGGGUUGUGGUUGUGUCGAGAAGGGCGCUUUUGCUGGCUCAGCCAGAUGCGGUGAAUACGGGGCUGUGCGGUAUGUGGAUAAAGGCAGUGGUCCAGGGCCGAGAGCAGAGGAUUGUGAUGAAGUACGCCGUGUGAAAUUUCUCUGUUGUGGUUGCGUGGUCGAGUUCAGGAAGCUUGUCGAAGACUGGGAUGGAAACGUGAACAUGGUGGGUGCUGACCACGAGCGUCACCAAGUUCGGUGGGUUAUGAAUUUGAUUGACGGGGUAGAGCAUGUCAUUUUGACUGAAGAGCACUUGAACGUCCUACUACUCAAUAAAACACGUUUCUUGAUAAAUUUUAACUAUUCUUUGUUUUGUGAGGAGUCCAGCAGGUUGAAGACAGGGCAGCACUGGGUCGAGGAUAAAAUGGAUAUGAGUGAUGGUUGAGUACUCACUCGCUGGGCUGGUGUUAUUUUACAAGGAUCCCGUAUCUGUCGGGGGUGGAGGGAAACGCUGGUACUGGUAUACAUGGGAACGGAGGAUGGCAAGGAUGGUUUUGAUAAAACGAGAGAUUGCAGACAAUUUGGAUUAUUCUUCUUGAUAAA